AUGUUAAUAAGACAACCUAUUUUAUCUACUCGAAAAAUUCAUUUAUUACCUACUAUUAAUUCAGCAUUACCAUUAUUUGUUGCUAUUUUGAUUCUAUGUAGUGCAACAUUUGUUCUUGGAUUUAUUUGCUUUUGUAUUCGUUUUGUUUUAUGUAAACGUAUUGAUCGAUAUACUGAAAACUAUCAAAGAAAUUUAUUUAAACAACAAAUACAUGAAUUAGAUUUGGAUCCAAGCACAUAUAGAAUUGUUCAUUGA